UACUCUCAUCCUCCAAUAGCCAUUGAUACCACGAAUGGACUCGCUAAUGUCCCUUUGGGCUUACUCCCAAAUUCAGGGCCAGUACACGGUUAUGCAUAGGUAACUUUUAGCCAUGGAGAGGAAUCUUCAAAUCGAAGGACACAAUACAGUGUUGGCUUUGUUUGAGCCUGUGUUCGUGGACUUUCGUCAACCAGCGUUUCCUACUGAAAAAAUGCGUGGGUAUGUCUCUACUAAGGUCCAUAUCUGGUAUUUGCAAAGCAAAUGCCGGUGACACAACGGCUAACUCGGCCCGGCCAGCUGCCCGACAUUCAAAUAACGUCAAUGCGGGGUAUGUUCAACUCCGUCUCACUGUGCUGGUCAUUAUCGUACUUGAAAAGGCGACCUUCCAAAGUGUGGUCUUCUCUCCCGAUAAUCAUAGCCUGGGGCUUUAACUUGGUAAAGCCAGUCCCAAAAGCAAAUAUGUUUUAUGAGCCCGGGAAAACAUCUCACGGCCUGCCGUAUGAUCCCUUCAAGGCAUGUGUGAUCCCACGCCCGAUAGGCUGGAUCUCGACGGUUUCGAGCGACGGGAAACAUAACCUCGCCCCCUUCAGCCAGUUCAACAAUCUCACCUUCGACCCUCCGCUGGUAAUGUUUAGCGCCAACCAGACUUACGAGGAGAACCGCAAGGACACGGUUGUCAACGCGGAGGCGACAGGCGUCUUCUGCUGGCAGCUUGCGACGUUUGAUCUCCGAGAAGCAGUCAACGUGACUGCCGAGCAGGUGGCCCCGGACAUCGACGAAUUCGAAAGGGCGGGAUUAACGAAAACCUGGUCCAAGUCUCUAAGGAUACCUGUUCCGAUGGUAGAGGCGUCCCCGGUCCGCUUCGAGUGCGAGUACGUGCAGACGAUACGACUACCCGGAAACCCGCCAGCAGGACCCGUAAGCGUAGUCAUCGGGAAGGUUGUAGGGAUCCACAUUGCUGAUGGGGUGCUUACCGACGGGAGGAUAGAUGUGAAGAAGACGAGACCUAUCGCGAGGUUAGGGUACUUCGAAUACGGGGUGAUAGAGGAGGCAUUUGAAAUGGUUAUCCCGGGGGAUGAGAGGAUCCUUCGUGGACUUGAGGGAAGGCCCAGGAAUCUGGAUACCGUGGAGGGCAACACGGACACAAAAGAACCGGCAAUGUCAGCAUAGACGGGGUGCCUUAUUAUUUCCGAGGUUACUCUUACAUUAGUAUGCCUCACGCAAGAGACUUAUAACGCCCACGAUCGAUUGGAUUAGACAGAUCAGUUAGAGAAAGUAUAUUCAUUAGUCACGUGGUAUGUGUGGUGAUGAAUUGGUAAACUAUUGGCAUGCUUAAGAUAUGCUAGUGUCUAUCACCAGAUUAAUAUCCUAAUAGAUCUACCCCCUUGAACUCUGA